GCCCAACGAGCUCGGGGUUUCCUGCUUGCUGUUGACGACUGAGACGACUGCAUGCCUGGGACGGAUGCCGCACCGUCCAGCAGACUCGCGGCUUCUUUCAAACCUCCUCUCCCAUGAAAAGGACUAUGUCCGCUCUCUACAUUCGCAACUCGAUUAUGGACAAGCAUCCCUUUCUUCCUUCUCGGCCUAUGCGGCAGCAUCGCCACCCACUGCUUCACGAACAAUCGGGUCGGUUGCCACGGCGCUGGUGGGUGCACACGACGCACUAAGGGGUUACGCCCUUGCUGUCGAAGAAUGGUGCGAGCAGCUCAAAAUGCUUAAGGACAUGGAAGACGAGGUCGGGAUGAUCGCACGAGAUCGGGAGAUACUCGUGGACCGUCUCAUUAAGGCUUCCAAACAAAAUAACCCCAAACGGCGUUCCAAACUUUCACCGACAUCGAGCAGCCAGAAGGGUGCAUCUGCGUUUUCGGCUUCACAUUCUACGCUAGAGCAGCUUUCUUUCAGCAAUUCAAAAUUGAACCUUGCGCAGAAUGAGCUGCAGGCAUGUGAGACACACAUCACAGAGAAAGAACGUAUGCUUGCCCAGAUGCGUGAGUCAGCCCUUGUAGGAGGCUUGAAAUCUCGAUGUAGGGCUCUUGUGGAGUGUGGUUUGAAAUGGUCAGAAGUGGGGAAGUCUGGAUUAAUAGCUCUGGACUCUUCAGUUUCGAGGGGAUCUUUCGACCACACCAAUGGUCUCCUCACACAGAAACCCCUUCCCAACCUAGCUCCUUAUCCUUAUCAACGACCUUCUUCUGACAUUUCUUCAUCACUCGGCCCCUCAGAGUCAGCAUCACAAAUACUUCACCCGAAUGCCAUAUCCGAGCAAUAUCGUCCUGGAACUAGCAGUUCUUCCGCACCAGCAACUCACACGUCCAUGCCCGAGGCAGAUAUUCGUGACGAGUCGAAGUUCGCGCUGCACCUCCCUCCUGCUCAUGCAAUCUCUGAAGAGGACCAUUACACGCCUCCUCAGAUGCGACAACCGGUGCCUGUUCCAGUGGAAGACGAAGCUGGCGGCAGCAGCCUUGAAGAAGAUGCAGACGAACAGCAGUACGAAGUGCAUGAAAAUCCUCUCUUCUCACACCCACUUGCUGCAAAUGCAAAAUCCACACCAAGUGGAUCAAAGACGCGUCUUCCAUUAAUGCGCCCAAAACGGCUGAAUUCAGAUAGUACUGGAAUGCGGCCUACGUUCGGUGGUGCAGGUUCACCACCUGCCCAUUUGUCAAAGGCCGAUGCAAGGAAACAGAGCAUUGAUCCCUAUGGUACUGCUUCCAGUGCUAACACAUACACGGAAGGUUAUCAAGACUCUCCACGUACUCGGAAGCGAUCAACGUUUCUUGGUUUGGGAGCACUUUCCAGUAUUUUCCACAGAAAAGAGCGAGCAGAAACUUUGCCUACUUCCCGCUCGGAACAGCAUUUGCCUUCCUCGCCCAAGAAGGGUGUGCGUUGGCUCACGAGGACGGACAAGAAUUUGAAGAAGUCUGGGAAAGGUGAUGAGAGCUCUGACGACGAAGGGACGCCACAGCCCGCGGUACCGUCGUACUUGGCUCAUUUAGCUGCGCAGAGAACUGCAUCAGAAUCUCGUUCAAGGCCAGUCGAGAAGGCAGAAGGGAUUGAUCGUCCAAAGCGUAGUCCCUCCGCUGGGAACAAGCUGCGCAAAGCAUCUGAUGGCAGCACUCAGAGAAAAGUAUCUGGAGCCGAGGAUCAACAGAAAUCAGGAACAAGGAAGCCUAGCGGUGAUGCUGCUAAGUUAAAUGCAACGGUCUCGCAGACAGAAGGUCUUGCAAACGGACAUGUCUCGUCGCUCGGUUCACCCUCAGUUUCACGUUCAUCGACCGUUAAGUCACAGUCAACGGUAAAGACUAGUUCUUCGGUUAGACCUGCCUCGCUGGACCUUCCUCCAAGUGCCGCAGGGAGGCGAACUGGCGGACACCGGCGGAGGACAAGCUUAGGCAAUACCUCUGUCCCACCAACACACGGUCAGACCAGCCUAGUGAGUAUCGUCGAGGAUAUCACACGACAAAAUCGUCAAGGAUGGUUACAAUCAAACCCAAAUAGUUUACUCGUCGAGAUCAAGGCCCCGAAAAGCGUUUAUGCUGAUGGUAUCUCCGAGGACACUGAGAUAUCUCCUACAGAACGAGCUCGCUCGGAUGCAGCACAUGCUCUUGAGGGACGCCGACGAGAGCCGCCUUUGCGACCACAUCUUUUGAGCGAUUAUCAAAGGAAUGGCAUUUCUGCAUCGAGCUCUGAACCUUCGUUGCCUCUGAAGCGUUUACCAGCUACACCGUCCCCGACUAUGAAGGUCCCCCUGCGUUCUGCUUUGCGAAACCGAUCGGCCAGUCCGAGUCCAGCUGCAUUGACACCGCCUCGAAACGAAAGCCCUUUGCGAACUACUGUACUUACUAACGGUGUAAUUCCUCAUACGAAGAUUUCCGCCGAUCGGAACGACAAAAGCCCCGUUUCACCAAAAGAUAGUGAUACAGCAUCUCUUGAGUCUGCCUACGAAACGGGUCACGAAGACCUUGAUUCCGGACCUCCAACUCCCCAAGCCGAGAAACCACAGCCUGUGUUACCUAACGGAUUCAUCGAAGAGACGCAGCCGAAUGGAUCUCAUGUAUCCGCCUCGUCGACAGGCGGAACUGCAACUCCUCCAUCUCGAAGAAAGAGUGUACGUGUAUCACUCAAGCCUACGUUCUCUCCUACACCUCCAGCAACGACGGAUUACGAAGAGGAUCAUGCGCCGUGGGCUCCGACUACGCCUGCAAAAGACGAACCUGCCAGCAGUACUUGGACUACACGACAUUCUGAGAGUACUGGAUGGGAGGACUCGAGUGAGGAAGAUGAGGAGUAUUCUCGUGCACGGCAAAUGCUUGCGAAAGCCUCGAGGAAGUUGGAGAAAGUGUAUAAAAGCAGGGAGUGAACUUGACUUGACGACCUGGCUAUAUGCGCCUCUUUUCUGUCCGCUUUCUUCGAUAUUCCAUUUUAUAUUCGUCCUUUGCCUGUUGUUUCUUAUAUAGCCACUUCAGAUCCUUUCCAUACUUCUUUUCUGUUCUUCAUGUCCGGGUUUCCUUUGCUUCUUAGCAAGUUUACAGUCUUUGUUGUUAUUUCCUAAAUAUGCAUAUGAUAACAUGGUGGGAUUAUAAUUUUUUCGAGAUUGAAUGUGACUAUGAC